AUGUGGAAUUCCAGCACUUUGGGGCAUUACCUGGACUUUCUCAAAGAGGAAUUGAAACGAAAACGUGUUGCACUUGGCGUAUCAAUGGACGUAAAGGGGCUGGUGAUCUGUGAUGCUGCAGCAGUGCACUCUUGCUCGCUGUUCGACAAGAUCCGUGCUCGAUUUGAAGUCGAAGCCAACUGCAUCAUGCUACAUGGCGGCUCCUGGCACCACGUAGUGGUGCCAGGAGGUUGGGGAGCUACUGGAGCUCCCAACGACGCAUGGCACCAGUGGUUCCACUACAUGAGACGUGGAUAUAUGCGCUGUGCAGUAGGCAUGUCAGCAUCCUCAGCACUUCGGACUGCGAUGCAAAACUUAGAUCUUGCAGUGGAUGGCAACACACGAAUUUCGUUGAGCAUCGAAGCAAGCUUGAGAUCCGAUGCAUGGGCUCUUCGAAAGGUGGCUGAGUAUUCUGAAGGCAAAAUCCUUCUCUGGUCUUGGGUUUCCCGUGGUCUCGUGGACACAGAGUUUGUAGCCAAUCUCUACUACGAUGGAGAUAUACAGAAAACCAAUGAGGCUCUCAGCGGUGUGAAAGGUAAGCUAGCUGAGCUAUGCGCCCUGGAUGAGCUCCCACUUGUUGAUGGAGCUCCUGACCCUGAAAAGGAUUCUCAGCCUACUGUGAUGGAAGGUGAAGUCUGUUCCUUUUGGUGCAUCAGCGAUCCAGAAUCAGAGUCUGAGUCUGAGCCGCUUCCACUACCGAUGUGGAUGCGACCAUCGAUUGACAAGGCGGUUCUGCAGUGGAGAGACACUGCCUCCAAGUGGCAGCAGAAACUCAACAAACGCAAGAUUGAGGGCAAAGACUGCCUACCACCAAAAGCACAGCAAAAGUAUGAUCAGUUCUUCGCAACAACAACCAGAUGCAUCGUUUUUGACAAAAUCAAACAAGCUGAAGUUGUCAACGUUGCUGCCAAGUCCGUUGCAAAACUGAAGAGAACAUGCCUGCUACUGUGCAUUCACAUGAGUGAAGAUGCUUCGAAAUUGAAAGUAACUACCGGGUGCGGGAAGCUUUGGCUGUUGAAGUUGCUGCAGCAUAGCUCGCCCGUGGCUGACGUUGUUCCGGAGGUGAUCGAUCACUUUGAAGGAUUGUGA